CUCAGACUCAGGUUAGAGUCAGAGGGUGCUGCCCUGCAGAGUCUGCGCAGGUGAUGAGGGUAGUAUUGCUUGGUCACGGGGCCUGGAUCCUGGGUUCCUGGACACUUGGGGCAUUGAUUUGGCUGCCUGUGACCUCCAGGGGGACCUGACCCUGGUAGCCUCUAUGGUUGAGUGGGUUAAUUGAAUCAUUUUUAAGUAAGGAGAUUAUUGCUCAAGGAUGCAGCAUGUACGUUCUAUCCUGUUUGGAGGGAGAAUCUUCCUUUACUAUCUGCCCUGUACGUGGAUGGAUGGGAAGACUUUGGACAUUCAAGGCUUGUUCAGUGGAGGUUUUGCCUAGCCUAUGCAGAACACUCCCCUAGCAUCUUCAUUCCUCUAACUACACUGAUGUUCUUUACUGACUGACAUUAGUAAGAAAGUAGGGGACCUUGAUAACACUGGGCCAGCUUGCUAGAUUCAGCACCUGGGAAGCCAUGUAGCAAAGCCCUGAUCCUGAGGGCCAUAGAGGGCUAGGCUUUGGGUUACCACUUAGUAAGCCCUGAAGGUUUGAGAGGGAAACUGGAGUCCAGAUUUUACAGGCCUUGUGUAUCCCACAGCCUCGUUCUCCUUUGCCACUUAAAACCUCCUACAGAGGAGGACUGGGCUCUACGAAAUGGAGUUGUUUCAGCUGUCUAUCCUGGCAUCACCUCUCAGCAUACCUGAACCCAGCUGGCACUCACUUCCUGUUGCCACUCUUACAGGUGAUGCCCAAGGUUCUCGCUCCUGCCUUCCAAGUCCUGCAAGUACUGUUCCCCUGCCACGAAUGCUCUUCCUUGCCAGUGUGGCCUCCCUGAAGCUCACCUACCCAUGCAGUUAGCACCACAGCACCUGGUCCUCUGUGCUUCUGAUGUGACCAUACCUGGACAGACAUUUGGGAGUGUUGACCUCUUGGACUGUCCUGUGCAGCCCGAAUUCCAGCCUCGUUGAGCCAGCCACACCAAGAACUUUGCACCAGAGAAGCCCCUCCAAGCACUAACCAUGUCUAUUAUGGACCACAGCCCCACUACGGGGGUGGUCACGGUCAUUGUCAUCCUCAUCGCCAUUGCUGCCCUGGGGGCCUUGAUCCUGGGCUGCUGGUGCUACCUGCGGCUGCAGCGCAUCAGCCAGUCGGAGGAUGAGGAGAGCAUCGUGGGUGAUGGCGAGACAAAGGAGCCCUUUCUACUGGUGCAGUACUCUGCCAAGGGGCCGUGCGUGGAAAGAAAGGCCAAGUUGAUGACCACCAAUGGCCCAGAAGUGCAUGGCUGAGCUGGGCUGCGAAGGCCCUGGUUCCGUUUGCAGCCAGCCCAGAAGCACUGAGAGGGCAGAAGCAGACAUGAUGCUGUAUGAGAGGGGUUGACACUUGCUGGCAUGGUCUCUUCGGGCUUCAUCAUCGCAUGCACUGACUGCGGGUCCCGGCUGUCCUGGUAGGGCUGCCCAUUGCAGGCAGUGGGCAGGCCUGACCUUGCUCGUGGCCCCUUAGCGCUUUUGUUACUUGAAUGUUUUAGCUGAGCCUGUUUUUGAUGGAGCUACUACUGUAAUGCGUGAACUAACCAACCUGUGAACUGUAAAUAGGCCCGGAAGCACGUGCUUAAGCCUUUUUGCUGAUUUUUAAAACUACCACAUAGAGCCCGUGGGACUGGCUUGAUGACUGUAUUCAUGGUGGGCUGAGGCAUGACCAUGGAGAGUCUUUGACUGGUCAGGCCCCAGAUGCCCUUGGCAGGGCUCACUAAGGUCUUAUCUGUGUGUAUGGAAAGGAAGUGAAAGGCUAAGCAGCUGGGGUGCUCCGGUGAUUUCUGCUUGGUUAGUAAUGGGUAGAAGAAAGACCACGCCCCUUCCCUUUGAUCGCUUCGGCUUUGUUAAAUAGCAGUGUGUGCAGAUGGCAGUGACUGCAAGGAAGCUGCUGUACUUGUUUGGAAGCCUGUGACGGACAGACGAGUUCCCCCGUGAGUCCUGAGGGCUGCCAGGCAGCUUAGCGGAGCAGUCUCUUGCCCUUUGUUCAUGAGCAUGCCCAGUACAUCCCUUCGGCACAGGCUUUGUAGAAACUGCUCUGGUCCUCUGGAAACACCAGAGCCUGUGGUGGCUACUUGAAGUCAGAAACCCAGUUGGCCCAAGCAAGCUAACAUUUUGUUUUUGUAUUUAGUAUUUUCUGCACUGGAGUGGGGGUGAGGGGUAGGGUCGACUCUUUGUUUUCCUCCCACCUAUUCACAAGUGAGCUUCCUUUCCUCUCCAAUGACUGCCCACUGGCUGGGUACUGGGUUUCACUUUGAUCCUCAGAGCUUUAUAGAGCCCUCUGCCCCAGUUCUAAAGGCACUAUGUGCCAAAGAUCAUUUCUAAUGUGCACGUAUGCAUUUACAACAGAGCCACCAGGAGUACAAAUUCAGGGCCUGGCUCAUAGGUCAGGGAGCCAGCAGCAUGUGUCUCCAGGAUAUCCUUUAAGUCCAUGCCUAUAAGCUUAGAUGUUAAUCCACCACUCUAAGUGCAUUCUGAUUAAAACAUGAGUGUGUUCACAUCCUUGGUGGUGACUAGGUGGCCAGCCCUGGCUUGGCUGGCACACUUGAGAGCAGCAUGGGCAGGAAGCAGAGAGCUUCAGGCCAGGCUGGAGACAACUUUAAAAAGUGUGUGAGACUAAUCCAUUCUCUGGAACCCCAAGGGAGAAGCUAUAGGGAACACAUCUUUUUAGCAGUGCAUGCCUACAAAGGGAGGUGUGGGUCAAAUGUUAUGGUGAGGAGAGACAACUAUAAGGAAGGCCAUUUGUGAACGUAGGAAUAAGACACUUCUGUGGGCUGCUGCAGUAAGAACAGCUUAAGAAACUCUUAGACCCUGGUGAGAUAGCUAAGUCAUGCAAGAGGUAGUAACAGAUGGACUGGCCAUCGGCAGAGGCUGCUUAGGCUGGUUUGAUGCAUGUAGGACCUGGAAGCAGUGAUUUUUCAGGUUUAGGAGGGGAACAGAUGGUAUGAAAGGAAUCUGCCCUGGAGGCUGAGGGUUUUGACCCAUCCCCACCCCACUUCUAGCUUUCUACCUCUAAUUCCCCUUGCAGCCAGCAACCUAUUACACUGCUGAUCCUUUAGCUCCACCAUCCAUAGAUGCAAGAACAGCUUGGAUCUACGCUUUCAGUGUGAGCCUGGCUCCUGGAAAUGCUCAAAUCACUCCACUGUCAAGACACAGGUUGCAGCUUUCACUAUGCCAAUGACAUUUCUCUUUUUCAGACACCACAUUCUUAUCAGUUACACUUUUGGGGUGCUUCCUGUCUCCUUCCAGUUGCCAGGGAUGUCUUUGGCUUUUGAGUCAGACCAUCAAGAGUGGGAUGAAUUGCCAAUUAAGUUCAGGCACUGUUGGGUGCUGGUAGAGGUCUUAGGGAGAAAAAUGAAACACCAAUAGGACUAGUGAACUGUCUUUGUUUAUCACUGGCUGUACACCAGGGCAUACACUCCAACAGUUAAUAAGCUAUGACCUCUCUUCAGAUGCUUUCUCAAUAGUGCAACCUUUGUGGUGAGGUCUUCUGGUGAGUAGGAAGCCAGCCUUUCAUCCUGGGGAGCAGGCAGUAACCUGGAGUCUCAGCCAUUGAAGCAAGGACUGACUUUCCUAGAUAAAUCUUCAAAUGGACUGUGCUAAUGUUGUGUCUCAAAGCUACCAAGUUUGUGCAAUAAGUGGAAGAGAAGGGAUGCCAUUCCUGAUCAAUAAUGCUGAAUGACAUUCAAGUUCAUUUUCUAGACCACUGAGAAAAUCUUUAUUUACAAUAAAUUUCAAUAAAAUUUUGCAUAAAUAUA